AUAAAAAAGAAGGUUCUCCCGCUAAAACCUUGAAAAGUAGGGUUUUACCUCUUAAUUCUCAGUUAUCAUUCAUCAGUAGCAGUCCCAGCACUAGCAGCAUCGCGCCUCUCUCUCUCUCUCUCUUCGACUUACCUUAUAUACAACUAUUAUCUAUUGUUGUGUUUUAGGUUUGUUUUGGGUUUUCAAUGGGGAAGCAAUUCGCCAAAAAUCGAGGAUUGAAGCGAUCCAAAGCGCCCUCCAACUCAGAAAGUAACCAUGUAAUUAAGAAUCGCCGUGUCGAACAAAAGCUUGCUCGUACUCGUACUCGUAGCCCCUCGCCAAGUCCCUCAGGGGAAGCGUCGGAGGAGCAAUCUAGCGGUGCGGCUUCUGAAGAAGAAGUGAUUCAUAGAGAAGCGUCGAUGUAUGAUAAAUUAUUGAUGUCAUUGCGGUCAUGUAGCAAAUCAGUUGACACUGCAUAUAAGAAGAGACAAAGACAAGAAGAAGGUAAAAGUGACUCCGAAGUAGAUGAAGAGGAUGGUUUUGAAUCUUUCAGUGUCUCGGUGGAAGAUGAUAAGGAAGAUGAAAGUACGAUACAACAGCCUGACAUGGUGGACCCUGGGGAGCAAAGUGAAGAUGCUGAAACUGAAGAUGAUCACGAGGCCUCUGACACAGAUCAGGAGCAUGAUAUUAGAGCCAAUGGUCAGACUUCUACUGAUGGAUCAGAAUGCAUGAGUUCCUUUAAUUUACACUUGGAGCACAAGUUAUCAAAAGAAGAAGUUGAUAAUAUGUCAACAAAGAAAUGGAAAUAUAAGUGGGAGGUGCCUGUUGUUGGGAUGUCAAAUUGCAAGUGGAUGGGAACUGAAGAGUGUUUCUUAAAGUAUCUUAGAGAGAACCACAUCAAAGAACUCAUAUUCAAGGAUGUUAACACCAAUUCUGAUUAUGGUCUGAAGCUAAAGUUGUAUAAACACUGGUUGGAUGUCUAUAAGACAUCUGGAGGGGAUGAUUUUCAUUCAUCUAAAGAGAGAUUAUUCUUCUCCCUUUGCAACAGCUAUCGGGAUAUACUGCACUGUGACAAGAAACCCUUUUAUCUCAAAGGCCGGGAAGAAGAUUCAAGUAUUAUGGAUGCUUACAUCAUUCAUUCUCUGAAUCAUGUAUUGAAAACCAGAGAUCUUGUGACAAAGAAUGAUACAAAAUUGGCAAAGCAUCCGGAAAGUGCUGACAAUGAAAUGCUUAAUGGUGAUAGUUUCCUUGAUCAUGGAUUCACUCGUCCUAAGGUUUUGAUCCUCUUACCGCUUAGACGCAUUGCGCUUCGUGUUGUUCAAAGGUUAAUUCAACUAACCCCUUCAGCCUACAAGGUUAAUGUUGAUCACAUUGACCGUUUCUUGAAAGAAUUUGGAACUCAAGAGGUUGAAGACGAUGAGGAUGAGUUAUCUCAACAAACCCAGGGUAACUCAAAAGCUAAGAAGUCUUCAAAGCCUUCCGACUUUCUAGAACUUUUUGGUGGAAAGAGGGAUGAAGAGGAUCAUUUCAUGUUUGGAAUUAAGUUUACUAGGAAGAGCAUAAAGUUGUACAGUGAUUUCUAUUCCUCAGAUGUGAUUGUUGCUUCUCCAGUUCGUUUGAUUGCUAAAAUUUCGGAGGCUAAAACAUUCAAGGAAAAAGAUGUAGAUUAUCUCUCCUCUAUAGAGGUUCUUAUCAUUGAUCAUGCCGAUGUCAUAGCAAUGCAGAAUUGGUCCCAUGUGAAUACAGUUGUUGAACAAUUGAAUCACAUACCAUCAAAGCAGCAUGGAACUGAUGUUAUGCGCAUUAGACCAUGGUGUCUGGAUGGAUAUGCAAAGUUUUACCGGCAAUCAAUUAUUUUGGGCUAUUAUUCUAACCCAGAUAUCAAUGCCUUGUUCAAUCGCCAUUGCAGUAAUUACCAAGGAAAAGUGAAGUUAGUUUGCGAGUAUAAAGGCAUUCUUCCAAAAGUGAUACUUCAAGUACGGCAGAUUUAUGAGCGAUUUGAUGUGGACUCAAUAGCAGAUGCUGAUGAUGCUCGUUUUGAUUAUUUUGUCAAGGUGUUCCCAAAGAUAAAAGAUUCGGUUCAGGGGGGAACUAUGCUAUUUAUCAGUUCUUACUUUGAAUUUGUUCGAAUUCGAAAUUUUUUGAAGUCACAGGAAGCAUCUUUCUGUCUGCUUGGGGAGUAUACACAACCGAGUGAUAUUUCCCGUGCACGGCUUUGGUUUUUUGAAGGAAGGCGUAAAAUUAUGCUUUACACGGAGAGGGCACAUUUUUACUACAGAUACAAGAUUCGUGGUAUUCAGAAUUUAAUAAUCUAUUCACUGCCAGAGAGGAAGGAGUUUUACCCUGAGAUUGUUAAUAUGCUUGAUGGGUCCCAUAACAUGUCUUGCACAGUGCUAUUUUCUCGCUUUGAUCAGUUCAGGCUGGAGAGAAUUGUUGGAACUGCUCCUUCAAAAAGGAUGGUGACGUCAGAGAAGGGUGUCUUCGUUUUUUGCUAGAAGACUUUUCUGUGCUCUAGACA